UGCUCUCCUUUAGCAGGAAACAUUGUGUGUUUGUGUCUGCGGGGCUCAUAAACAUCACCGAGGCGGGAGAAAACCCCGGGAAAAGCUCUUCGUCCCCGCCCGCCGCCGGGACGCCGCUGCCGGGCGCCGCUGCGCCUCAUGUCGGUCUGACGGGAGAGCAGCCGCGCGGUGCCGGUGACCGACAGAGGUUGUUUGCCGCUGCCAUCCACGGCCUGUCCUUGCAUGGGUGACUGACCGUCCACCAUCAUGAGCUCCGAGCCGGACGCCCUGGCCGUGGUCAACCAGCUGCGGGACCUGGCCGCAGACCCGAUGAACCGCCGGGCCAUCGUCCAGGACCAGGGCUGCCUCCCAGGCCUCAUCCUCUUCCUGGACCACCCCAACCCCCAGGUGGUCUACUCUGCCCUCCUGGCGAUCCGGUACCUGGCAGAAUGUCGGCCCAACCGGGAGAAGCUGAAGGGAGAGUUGGGGAUGAUGCUGAGCCUGCAGAACGUUGUGCAGAAGUCUACCACUCCCGGGGAGACGAAGCUCUUGGCGUCUGAGAUCUAUGAGCUGCUCCAGGCAUCGGGCAGCGCCGACUCCGAGCCGGCCGAGGAGCCUGUAAGCAGUCGCCGGAAGGCCCAGUUCUUCCUGGGAUCCAGCAACAAGCGAGCCAAGACCGUCAUCCUCCACAUCGACGGGCUGGAUGACUCGUCCAGUGCGACUUUGCGUUGUCCCCGGCAGAGCCGGAGGAGUCUGUGUGAGGAGGCGCUGCUGAAGAUCCGAGGAGUCAUCAGCUUCACCUUCCAAAUGGCCGUGAAGAGAUGCAUCGUCCGCAUCCGCUCAGACCUGAAGGCAGAGGCUCUGGCGUCUGCCAUCGCUUCCACUGAGGUGAUGAAGGCUCAGCAGGUGGUGAAGGCUGAAAACGGAGAAGAGGUUCUGAUCCCCUUCCCAGAGGACGGCUCCGUGGAGGUGGAGCAGAACGUGGACCUGCCGGACUACCUGCCGGAGGACGAGAGCCCGUCUCAGGAGCCUGACAAGGCAGUGAGCCGUGUGGGAUCGGGCCAGGACGGGGCCAGCUGGCUAGGCGCCGCCGCCAACUUCCUGUCCCGCUCCUUCUACUGGUGACCCCCCACCCCAGAGACCAGCCUCUCCCCGACAGACUCACAACCAUCCCUACGUUGAAUGUCCCGCCAUCUCUCUCAGCUGCAAUCAACAAUCUGCCAAAAAUGUACCGCUGGAGUGGCGGCAAAGCGCGAGAGAGCAACUCCCCACCAACCAGGUCUCCACUUUCAUUCCCCCGGGUUCCUUCUGUUCCAAACCACAUUGUCUUAACGGACAGGAAGCGUCCUGCGGCGGCACGAACAAACAGCAGUGAGUGGAAGUACAGACUCCCGCUCCUCCUCCGACCCUCACAUUAUUUAUUAGAGCAGCCUCAGAGCUCACUCGACUGUGCCUUUAGUUUCUCUGACCUACAAACACCCUGCCGACGCCGCCGCGGCCUGAGCGCGGCUCAAGUUCCAACGGCUCCUCUCAGUCACUCCUGUACUGUGGCCAUUAAAGCCGCAAUUGUUUCACCCGAUAAUACGGCUUCAGCCAUUCAAAGCUCAAAAAGAAAGAAGCGCUGCUGCCAAAUGCCGACAAAAAUAUUUCCUCGGGACCCACUGACCCGGGAUCAGGUUUCCGGUUCUUAACACAAACCACAUGCAGCCCAGAUUACGUGAACGGUUCCCACACUGAUGUUCUGGGUCGUCAGUGAUGGCUGGAGCGUCGCUCGUGAGACUCAUGAUGAUUAAACGGUAUUUUAUGGAAUCAGCUCCUUGAUCACUUUUUUUAAAAUCGUUAUGAACAAAUAUUCCUUCGAAGUGAAGCAAUCCAGGCGAGUUCAACAGUGUUGCUGAGUAUGCAUUAGUAAUGUUUGAUUCCAGGCCAUCAUGAGAGCAGUGUGGGGGAAUUACUCAGGUUUCACACACGGAUUCACUCCUCAGUGUCGGCUGGUUUACAGCAUUUUAAUACUUAUCUAAAGAGUGACUAACUUGCAGAAUGAGAGUUCCUCACAUCCUGGGUGAUACGUUAUUUGUUUCUUUGUCAUUUCAGAUGUUGACUAUACAGGAACAAAUGUGGCAACGCUAUUGUGUUUUAGUCAUGGAGGUUUUAGAGAAACAUGGGUUCCAAUUAUUCUGUCUUCAUGAAAUUCAAUUCCUGCUCAGUGUAAUUAACCUUUUUACCCUCACGUCGUACUCCAUGACGUUGACUUUAAUGUGCUCUGGCGACGAAGCUAAUCUGCACUGGAAGUAUUUUUAUGGUACCGUUUAUCCAGAAAACUCAUGUUCACAUCUGUUUUGUGUCUCACGUAUUUCUGGUUCCCGUCAUUGUUGGUCAUAUUUAACGGUUCACGCUGGAGUUUGGUGUUGAGUCAUCGUUUACACGUCAUAAACACGCCGUUCAGUCAAAGGUCGGCUGCACAAGGUGUGAAAUGACGAACAUGAAAAGACUGAUUUGGAAAACUGAACAAAAGUGUUGCACUUCUUUGGAAACCUUUAAGCGGCCAUCACGCAAUCCCUAUUGUGGAGUAACGUUAGUGGCUACAAUACAGGAGUGUGAAACCCAGAACUCUGACUGAUGAGACACACCGUGAUCCUCUUGACUUUCCCUGUGAGGUCUGGACUGGAGUCGCCCCUGAGCAGAGGGGGAAUCGUGGUCGGACGCCAGUCCCACCCUGGCACGGCGUGUUCACCCACAGAUCAGAGGUCAGAGGAACCCAAAGGGUCAGGUUUGAAGACUGCAGGCUCUGAGGUCCGCCUGAUCAGUGCUUUACUCCCUCACCUUGACGCUGGGAGUCUCCUGGACUGUCGUCAUGUUUACACUCUGAACAAAAUGCCUUCAGACUGAAUUCUUGUUCAAACCUGUGGAUCAGACCUGCCAGCACUGCUACUUGCUUCUCCUUGGAUUUUCCUGAAAAAAGACUCAAGAACUUGUUUUUGCACAGUUGCUUUGAAAUGCAUGUUAAACUGGUCACCUGUAUCCAGUUUCCAAGCAGUGUGAAGAACAGGGGUAAGACAGUGGCUGACGCAUCUGGAGUUUCUUGCUUUUCUGUGUUAUUUGGCCAUGAAAGGUGAUCUGACCUGCAUAUAAGUCUCUAGAAUGAAUAACUGUGACUGCCAUGUGUUUGUUGAACGUGUAAAUUAUAAAUUCAGAAAGCUGCAGGACCAAAUUGAGGCAAAACCUGGUUGAUCAUCAGAUCUGUUCAAGAAGAACUUUGGACCAUAUUCACAGUAGUACUUCACUUGAUUGAUCAUCCAUCUUUUCUCAAAGGGUGUGUGUGUGUGUGAUCUGAUCAGGUUUUGUUACACUGCAGCAGAAAUCAGUUCAGUGACUCCAGACAGGAAAGAGCUGCAUGUGACUUUCAGUAUCCUUAUCAUUCCCCCUCUUUCUUCUUCUCGUACCUCCAAUCAUCGUCACAACAAGCUUCUGUCGAGGAUCUCCACAGGACUGAAAGCAGCGGAGUGUUUUUCCACAUUAAGAGUACACUGCGAGGAGAAUAAUUCCUCAGAUUCCAGCAGAACGCUUCCAUGAUGACCUUUUACGACCUUGUACAGAUUUCUACUGUCUUGAUGUGGUGCUGUUUUCAGUGUGUGUGUUAAUGUAGCCGCCAGUUGAGCUCCGCCCAUCACGCUCACAGCCCGGUCUUACUGGUGUUAACGGAGGUGGUCGGCACAACUCGGCAUCGGCCCGCCUAUGAGACAAUAGGUUGAAAAGUGUAUUCCUUCUUCAAAAAUACUGCGAGCGAUGCGCCAUGUCACAAGUCGUCGCCACGAAAGCUUCGUGUUCAGUUCAACAUUCACAUUAUUUUACUGGGGAAGCACAAACGGCCCUCUAGGGGCGAUGCUGUUUAUGACAGGCACAAUGAAGAGGCCUGAAAGCCUGUCGGUGGUUCAUCUUGUCCUGAGGUGUGUGAUCAGGUUCUGCUAGCUUCAAGUCAUGUUAUGCAGUUUUAGUGAUCUGACAGAAGCCUGAAGGGAGCCUUGUCACAUUUGACGAAAUAGUUGUCGCCGCAUUCUUUAAGUCACCGUUUGGCUGUUUUUCGCUCCUGAUGGCAGCUGCAGGUUUUCUGUAAAGACGGGACUUGUCAUGAGCCACCUCAGUGGGGAAUGGUAACAGAAGCAAGUCAGGGUUCAGGGGAAUUGACGCCUUUUCUCGGCAUGAGUUUUAUUCACAACAUCGUCCAAAUAAGCUUCACAGCAAGGGAACCCAGAGAAAACCGUGGCAGUGAUCUAUUCGGGGAAACAUCAGGAGCGUCGCCACGUAUUUCACAAAGGCAGAGACCUGUUUUGCCUUUUGCUUAAUAGUAUUACACAUUCCUCAACUCGAGCCAAGAGGAUAAGUCAUUUAGUGAUUGGAGCCAUCAGCCUUAGAGGCCAAGAGCUUCAUGUUGGCUCCUGAGCUCUGCGAUGCCUUCGCUUCGGCAAAUGAAGACGGUGAGGCUUGUGACCUCUUCAGUAUUGAACGAGGCUUCAAACGGAUCCGCGUGAUUUUUAUUUUUAAUUUCAGUGAUGAGAUUUUGACAAAACAUGAGAAGAUACAAAUACAUCUUAUAUAAAGGUGAGAUCAGUGUGAAUUUAUCUUCUGAAUUGAUCCUCAAAGUGCUUUAUAUUGGUAAUCCUGACCAGCUGGGUCAAAUCAAGGUGUUUUUAGAGUUAGUUGUUGGAGUUUUUUUUGUCUCCAAUAGGAUUCAACCACUGAUCAUUUCGCACUUUAGCAGUGUGCCAACUCCAGUGACCCACCCUCUGUGUUUUGAGGUUACUGGAUUCCAAAAACUCUCUCUUUACUGCAAAGCAGAGAUGACGACCGACCAUUGACUGUGAUAACACUGCGACUGUUAUGUGAAGCUGAAGCUCGUCUGGAUAUUUUCCAAUGGGAAGAUAAGAUUCUGUCCAGUAGUUCUUCACAUUUUGAAUCUGUCGUCUCAUACUCGGGUCAAUGCCGUUUGUGUGUUUUUCAGCUGUUUCAUCAUCACAGGUCACAUUUUUCAGUGAAGCGGUGUGUACUGUUGUCUGCCUGCAUGAGCUUGUCUCUUCCUUUUCUAUUUUAUUCUCAGGUCAGAUUCAGAUACAUUUAUUUAAAAGAAAAAACACAACUACUAGAAAUGUAAGUAAUUUCUGCUGAUGUCAACAUAAGUUAUUCUCUGAGACUUGCUUCUCCUCAUGGCUCGUGUUCCCUGUUUGCCAUCAGUCACCAUCAUCAGUGCUGCUGUGGAAACUGUGUUCUCUAAGAAUGAUUCCUGAAAUUUUGCAUUAAAACUGUGUGAU